CACGGCGCAAGCCCCGCCCCCUCGCCGACUGCGGCUGGGCGCUGAGCGGGUGAAAGAACCACGGUGCGGACGGCGAACCCGCCCGUCCCCUGACACCCUGGACAUUAACUCCUCGAUCUGCUGAGCUCACUGGAAUGGCCAGGCCAGGACUCCCUGUCUUUAUCCUGGAAUCUUCCUCCUAUCCCAGGUGUGCUACAAUGCUGCUGCUGCGCAAAGUUGUGCUUCCAGGAAUCCAGCAGGCCUGCAGACUCAAGUCCACUCCCUCAAGGCUCUGCAUUCAGGCCUGCUCUACAAAUGAUUCAUUUCAGCCCCAGCACCACAUCCUCGCCUUCUCUGGUGAUCACUCCAGCACCAAGGGAUGGAGAGUCAUGGGGACCCUGCUAGGCCUCGGUGCAGUGUUGGCCUAUCAUGACUACCAGUGCAAGGCUGCUCAGGAGCCACCACGCAUAUACACGAGGGAGGAAGUGAGAUCCCACAGCAGCCCUGAGACUGGGAUUUGGGUGACUUUGGGCUCUGAGGUCUUUGACGUCACAGAAUUUGUGGACCUACACCCAGGGGGGCCAUCAAAGCUGAUGCUAGCAGCCGGGGGUCCUCUAGAGCCCUUCUGGGCCCUCUAUGCUGUUCACGACCAGCCCCACGUGCGAGAGAUACUGGCUCAGUACAAGAUUGGGGAACUGAGCCCUGAAGACAAGGCACCCUCCACCUUGAAGACCUCUGACCCUUAUGCUAAUGAUCCUAUACGUCACCCAGCCCUGAAGGUUAACAGCCAGCGCCCUUUUAAUGCAGAACCUCCCCCUGAGCUGCUGACAGAAAACUACAUCACACCCAACCCGAUCUUCUUCACUAGGAAUCACUUGCCUGUGCCUAACCUGGACCCAGACACCUAUCGCCUGCAUGUAGUAGGGCCACCUGGGGGUCAGUCACUGUACCUAUCCCUGGAUGACUUGUACCAGUUCCCCAAGCAUGAGAUCACAGUCACUUUGCAGUGUGCUGGCAACCGGCGCUCUGAGAUGACUCGGUUCAAAGAAGUAAGAGGUCUGGAGUGGAAUACAGGGGCAAUUAGCACUGCACGCUGGGCUGGGGCACGGCUCUGUGAUGUGUUAGCCCAGGCUGGUCACCAACUCUCUGAAGCUGAGGCCCAUGUCUGCUUUGAGGGAUUGGACUCAGACCCCACAGGGACUGCUUAUGGAGCAUCCAUCCCUCUGGCUCGGGCCAUGGACCCUGAAGCUGAGGUCCUGCUGGCAUAUGAGAUGAAUGGACAGCCUCUGCCUCGUGACCAUGGCUUCCCUGUGCGGGUGGUGGUUCCUGGCGUAGUGGGUGCUCGCCAUGUCAAAUGGCUGGGCAAAGUCAGCGUGGAACCAGAGGAAAGUCACAGCCACUGGCAGCGGCGGGAUUACAAAGGCUUCUCUCCAUCUGUGGACUGGGACACUGUAGAUUUUGACUCGGCUCCAUCUAUUCAGGAACUUCCUGUCCAGUCAGCCAUCACACAGCCCAAAGACGGGGAGACAAUAGAGUCAAGGGAGGUGACUAUCAAGGGCUAUGCAUGGAGUGGUGGAGGAAGAGCUGUGGUCAGGGUGGAUGUGUCUCUGGAUGGGGGCCUAACCUGGCAGGCGGCUGAGCUGGAUGGAGAAGAACAGCGUCCCCGAAAAGCCUGGGCCUGGCGGCUAUGGCAGCUGCAAGCCCCUGUGCCAGCUGGGAAAAAGGAACUGAAUAUUAUUUGUAAGGCUGUAGAUGACAGCUACAAUGUGCAGCCAGACACAGUGGCCCCAAUCUGGAACCUCCGAGGCGUGCUCAGCAAUGCCUGGCACCGUAUCCACGUCCAUGUCGCCCCAUGAGAAAGUGAAAUGGAAUCAUCUGCGCUCCAGAACCACCUUCUUAACAUCCAGCCUUUGGCCUCAUUACCACAGAAAAAGCUUUCCCUCCACCUCUCCAUGUUUUGGAUCACAACCCUGAUGAUGUCUUUGUAAGCCAUAGGCAGGUAGACACAUCACACAUUUCCGCUCAAGCAACCAACCCUCUUUGAUACUAUGUCACAUACCCCUUCUGGCCAGUGACCCUGUACCGGGAGGUGAGAGCUACUGGAGAAAAGGGCUAGGAGUAGGAAAAGUAAUUUUGGAAAUAGCGCUAAUUACUAACCCUAUCUCCAUUUCUAAUGACUGUCACCACCGAGGCCUUGUUUUGCUUUUCUUCUUGGAUUCUUCACUGCAUAUGUGAGGGUACGUGUAAGAAAAGCCUAUGUGCAACUUUUUACUGCCUCCCUAGGUUCCCAGGGGUAACGACGGUUCCACUUUUCUAAAUACAUCAAUAAAAUAUCUGUUUAAGACCACCAA